AUCCAAAAUAUGUCUUGGAACAGUUCUACCAUUUUCAAACCAUUGUUUUUAUCGGAUCUAUUUGCUGCAGAGGAACUAGUAGGACUCCACGCUUUGUCUCAACUCUCCGCCUCUUUAAGUCCGACCUACAUCUGACUACUUUGGUCCUUUGUAGUUUGCACAGCAGUCUGCGCUCUGCCCCACAUUUAAUUUGGUAAUUCUCACUGCCACCACUCGCCUGACGCUGCGUAAAAGCCGCUGCGUACCGCUUGGAAAUGUAGUUGUUUUUACGCGCAACCGCGGUCUCCAAAAUGGACCUAAAAGCCGAACUCCUCAAGUCCAUCUGGUACGCUUUUACAUCGCUGGACGUGGAGAAGUGCGGGAAAGUGUCCAAAUCGCAGCUAAAGGUGCUUUCUCACAACCUGUACACAGUCCUGAACAUCCCACAUGAUCCAGUGGCUCUGGAGGAGCACUUCCAGGACGAUGAUGACGGGCCAGUGUCUAAUCAUGGCUACAUGCCCUACCUCAAUAAAUAUAUACUGGACAAGGUCAAGGAGGGCAUGUUUGACAAGGAGAAGUUUGAUGACCUGUGCUGGAUGAUGACCAUGAAGAAGAACCACAAGGGGUUAAAGCCAGGGUCGCUGCUAUCAGAGAGAGACAGCUUCAAGCUCUUCUGUUUAUUCAACCUCCUGUCUGAGGACCGCUACCCACUGGUGAUGAUACCAGAGGAGGUGGAAUAUCUCCUCAAGAAGAUCUCCACAGCGAUGAGCCAGGAGUGGGAUGGGAAGCCCCUGGAGGACUUAAUAUUCCAGGAUGCCACAUUGCGGGAGGAAGGCAUGUCGGUGUGGACCUUCCUGGAGCACAUGGAAGCCGACCGGCUGCUGAGGGUCACCAGUGCAGAGGCCUUCAGUCUGGCCUUGGACGAGGUGUUUCUGGAGAUGUAUCACAACGUCCUCAAGAGGGGCUACAUGUGGAAGAAGGGCCACGUGCGGAGGAACUGGACUGAGCGCUGGUUUGUCUUAAAGCCAUCCUCCAUGGCUUAUUACGUCAGCGAGGACUUGAAGGACAAGAAGGGGGAUAUCCAGCUAGAUAAGAGCUGCAUCGUAGAGCCUAUUCCAGACAGGGAGGGGAAGCGAUGCAUGUUCUGCGUGAAAACCCACAACAAAACCUUUGAGAUGAGCGCGCCGGACCAGAGGCAGAAGGUGGAGUGGACUCAAGCCAUCCAAACAGCCCUCCGUCUUCAGCGCGAGGGAAAGUCUUUGCUUCACCACGAACUUAAACUGAAGAGACGAGUCCAGCGGGAACACAGCCAUCGAGAGCGCAGCCGGAGUGCUCGCAGCAGCUGCAGCAGCCGCAGCAGCCAAUCAGACGACCUGAACAUCCAGGACAUGGAGAAGAUGGAGAAAGACAAAGACAAACAGGACUUGGAGAUUGAAAGCAUCAUCCAGCACGCAAGGGAACUGGAAACUCGCCGAAGGGAGGCGGAGGAGAGAGAGAGGAAGAAGCACAAGGAGGUGCAGAUGGAGCUGGAGAGACAGCUGAAAGAGGCUGAGAUGAUGAGAGACAGCAUGCAGGCUGAGAUGCAGAUGAAGGAAAGGGAGGCUGAGCAGCAGAAGAAAAGGAUCCAGGAGUUGGAAAUGACACAGCAGAAACUGGAAGCUGCUCUCGCCAUCGAGAUCCAGACCCGGGUGGAGGAGGAGGGGGCGAGACAGGAGCUGGAGAGGUUGUUGCAGGCAGAAGAGGAGAAGAAGAAGCAGUUCAAGCUCCUCCAGGAGCAGCAGAGGGCCAUGCUGAACCUCAGCCCCAUACAUGAGGCAUCAGAAAGCAGCAAUGAAGAGGAGACGCCCUCAGCCCUCCACUCAGCCUCUCAGGAGCUGCAGGAUCUGCGGGCGUCUCGCCAGAGGAGCCACCAGCACCUGGAGGAAGUUCAGGAGAAGCUGAGGAAUGCCAGUCAAUACGUCCGGCACUGGAACGUGCAGCUGAACCGCCUGAUGACGCCCAUCAGUCCUGGAGAGCGUCUGGAACAUCGCCUAUUAUCAACACGGAUGUGUCCAAAAAAGGAGGGAGCUCUGGCCAGCAACGAGUUCAUCACUAAAUUUAAAAUCAGUGGUCAGAACAGCCAGACAGGAGAAGACAGUGAGAGACUGGAGGAGCAGCUGGAGGCCGUAAACCUGUCUGACCAAUCCGACGAAUCGCAGGGAAAACCCAAUGGACAGGCGUGAUCACCGCGCUGAUGGUUUAAAAAUAAUAAGAGAAAUUCUUUAAUUGUGUCAGACUGAGAGUGAACAGAGAAAAGAUAUUGCCAGUACAAAAAGCAUUGUAUUAUAUUUAUGUUCUGAAUUGCACGCAAAGAUGGAGAGUGAUGAUGACAACAAGCACAAUGUGAUGCAUGAUUUAAAUAAAACACAUCUAAGAAUAACUGAGAUUUACAGUUUUGUACAAUAAAGUUUAUUGGUGAAUAAUUAAA